CGCAAGCUCCUCGAGAAGUCGUCUAAGGCCGUUGCCGGAGAUUUUCCCUCCGAUGCAUCCGGCGCAGCAACAAGAGGGCGAUUUCAUGCAUCAGUUCCCGGGCCCACAACCUCACCCCACGGGGAUGGAGUCGUCGUCGAUGGCCGUCGCCGGAGAUUUCCAUCAGACGCUCGCGGCGCAGCAACAGCAGGGCGAUUUCAUGGAUCAGCACCCGGGCCCACCACCUUUCAUGGUCCCGCCACCACCUGUCCAAAUGGGCGCACCACCUAUGCCGCCACCCGUUCAAAUGGGCCCACCACCACUAAUGGGCCCACCUCCUUUCCCGCCGCCUGUUCAAAUGGACCCAUCACCUAUGUCGCCGCCUGUUCAAAUGGAUUGGGCCACCACCUGUAACGACGCCGCCGCCGCCGCCGUUCAAAUGGGCCCACCACCUAUGCCGCCACCCGUUCAAAUGGACCCACCACCACUAAUGGGCCCACCACCUAUGCCGCCGCCUGUUCAAAUGGGCCCACCUCCUUUCCCACCACUUGUUCAAAUGGGCCCACCACCUAUGCCGCCGCCUGUUCAAAUGGGCCCACCUCCUUUCCCGCCACCUGUUCAAAUGGGCGCACCGCCUUUCAUGGGCCCGCCAAGCUUCCCGGCGUUCCCCGGCGACUUCGAGAUGGCGGAGCCGCGAUACCAGCUGCCACGCCCGCCCCGGUUCACGGAAUACCCGAGCUUCGCGUCGAUAGAGAGCAGCGACGACGACGAGGUGGAGGAGAUUCGGCCGUCGCCCGAGUUUGACCAGAAGCACCACCGGCAGGUCAACAAGUUGAUCCGUGACGAGGACAGUCGUGAGCUCGAGAAUCUGGCCACGAAACCUGACGGCCAGCUGGUCAACCUCAUGGGCGACCCCCUGCUCAGCGUCGUCAUCUCCUGCCAGAAAACCCAGAUCGCGCUUAAACUCAUCGGCCUGCCAGACUGCAAUCUCGCCGCUAAGAACUACAACGGCGACACGGCGCUGCAUGUGGCCGCCAUCGCAGGCGACCGGAAGGUGGCGAAGGCAUUGCUGACCAAGUCCCCCCAACUGGCGGAGAAACGAAACAACAAGGGGGAGACGCCGCUGCACAAGGCGGCGCUCUACGGGCGGAGGGAUAUAUUUUUCCUUCUGGUGAGCAAGGGGCAAAUCUCGCCGGAAGACCGGACGGACGACGGCGCCACCGCACUCCAUUGCGCCAUCAUGGGCAAUGCACAGGAGCUGGCGUUGACGAUUGCGACGAGAUGGCCGCAGUUAGCGAUGAGCCGGAAUAACGCGGCGGUGACGCCGUUGCAACUGCUGGUGACCAUUCCCGAGGCAUUCCGGAGCCAAUUAGUUCUCGGCUCACUCGAUGACCUCCUUUAUAACUGGAUUCCCCUGCCCAAGGACACUCGCAAGGGCCGUGUAGAAGACUUCGAGGACGAGGACCUUGAGGAUGAAAAUUCAGAAAAAGCUGAAGAUGAAGAAAAGGGUAUCAAGGCAUUUCGCUCAAAGUUCCCUUCUGAAUGCAAGACUUUUCUCGACCUAGUGGAACUCACCAUUAUCAUGCCGGGAAGAUGGAUUCGUAUGUUAUUUUACAUAAUUCUAAGACCAAGUCACAUAUUUCUUUUCAAAUUUCUGAGGCAAGUUUCGCCCAGAGUUAGAAGACUCAACCAGCUGAAAGAAACCCACAGGGACGCCAUAAAACUGAUAGAAUGCAUAGCGAAGGAUCCUGCGUACUUCGAUUUCUGCUCCAAGGGAGGAAGAAGUGAGAACCAGGCUCCGGCGUCGUCGACAGGCUUCUACUUCACCUCGCCACAUGGCAUUCCGGGCCGUCAGAACUGGUCGAAUUCCGAGCAGCGCAACCUCCUGUACGCGUUCGUCGACAAGCUCCUCAUCCUCGACGACGCCACAGGCGGCAGCAACGCGCCGGCGAUCAAGGGGCUUCUCCGGAGCGCGAAUAGGGCGCUGGAGUCGAUGUCGUCGGUGCGGGACUGGUCGGAGCCGCCGUUGAUCAUGGGGGCGGAGAUGGGCCUGCACGAAUUCGUGGAAAAGAUACUCCAGGUGUGCCCGCAGUCGGCGACGUACUUGGACAGCCGCGGCCGGAACGUCCUCCAGGUGGCGAUCGAGUGCGGCAACCGGGAGAUCGUGGAGACCAUCCGCCGGAUGACGGCCGGCGACAACCCUGUCCUGCCCUCCUGGCUGCUCUCGCACACCGAGUCGAGGAGGACCAUCCUCCAUUUUGCCUCGGAGAGGAUUCCUCCCGAUACGGACGACGCCGUGCAAUUGCAAGACGAACUCCUUUUUUUUGAGACGGUGAAAGAGAUGGUGCCGAAGGAGCUGGUGUACAGCCGGAACAAGGAGGAGAAGACGGCCCAAGAGGUGUUCAGCGAGAGCCACAAGGAGAUGCUGCAUAGCUGCAAGAACCAGCUGACGGAGAUGGGGAAGACCUGCGCGGGGCUGGUGGCUGCAGUGGUGUUCGCGUCGAGCUUCUCGAUCCCCGGCGAGAAAGACGAAAAGACAGGGAACCCGGUGUACAUGAACAGGCUGCCCUUCAAGAUCUUCUCCCACACCUACGUCAUCGGCCUCUCCUGCGCCGCCACCUCGCUGGUCCUCUUCCUCUCCCUCAUCAUCUCGCCCUACAAGGAGCAGCAGUUCCGGCGGGCCAUUCCGACCAAGUACUUCUUGGCCUGCUUGUCCUUCGCCAUGGCGCUCUUGGCGCUGCUCGUCGCCUUCACCUGCAACAUCUUCCUGCAGAUUUACGGCGGGCAGAGGACGGAGUCCGACGACCUAAUUCCGCUCAUACUAGAGCUCAUCGUCUUCCCUGCCCUCUGCUUCAUUGUGCUGUACUACAGGGGAGCAACUUUUUCGCCGGCCUUCAGGCGUAUUUGGAAGUAGAUAACCAAAGUCAUGCGGUGCUCAGUAGUCUGCCUGAAGUUUUGAGAUUUGGUGCAUUGCUGCGUUGGUGGAUUGCUCAGCGUAGAGAUUUGUUAUUGUCGAUGAGAUGGACAUCGCUCCACAUUCGAUUCGCUAUCAUAUCUCUCAAUGUAUUAAUAUUUUUCGUUGUUGUUCUUGAGUAACAAAUAAUUGAUCAAAGCAAUCAACAUUUCUGACAA